GACAGUGGGAGUUGUUGGAGGGUUCAGGCCAGAGAGGGCCCUGGGAAAAGGGACAAUGUGGAGAGGGGGUAGGCUGGGCAGGAACAUGGCACAGACGUAAGGACAGUGGUGGCAACCAUGGUAAUAGGGGCCUACGUGAGAGUUGCUGGUAGCCUGGCCAAGGCAGUGGCAGGGGAACCAAAGGAAGUGGAAUGUGAAGACACACUAACUACACUGAGGGUAAGAACAACGGGAUUGAGUGGAUAGAGUAACCGGUGGGCCCUUUGCUGAGGGAAAGGGCCCAGUAGCAGAUCUUUGGGGUCUGAAGUUGGGUGCUGGGCUUCUUCAACCUACAGGGCUGCAGUUGGUCCAGAAUGAGACAGCUAGGUGAGCUUGGGUGUCAUUUAAUCUCUUUGAGCCACGUGUUCUCGUCUGUCAAACGGGGAAAGUGCUAGCGGUUCUCAGGGUGACUGCGAGAACGACCUGUGAUAUCCAGCUCUUGUCAGGAACACCCUGGGGACACUCACAUCUCCUCAUCCCCAGCUCAGAGCCUUGAGAAGCACUAACAUUUGUUGAACAUCUCCAAGCCCUUUGCACAGAUUAGCUCCAUCUUCACCAGGACCAUUGAGGAGGACCCCGAGGCAACAUGGAGUUUAAGAAACUCACUGCCCUGGGUCUUUUACCUCCUGCUAUGCUGCCAGUGAGCAUGUGGCCUCAGAAAACUGUACAAUCCAAUGUGCUCACAAACUUUACAAAUAAAUCAAGAUAGAAUCCUAAAAAAAAAAAAAAAAUGUUCAAAUAACCCACAAAAAAGGUAAGAAAAGAGAAAGAGGAAACAAAUCAUAAAAUGACAAACUUGAGGAUGAGUCCAUCUGAACUAGCACAGCCAGAGUCAGACACAGAGCAGGGAUUUGGUAUGAACAGUCUGGAGAGGCUGGGGAAGGGCUGUGUACAAGAGGCUACAGCAGGGUCUGCUGGAAGCAUGACGGAGGCCCAAGGAGCAAAGGGACAGCUUGGGGAGCCUUGGAGCAGCUUGGCCUGGUCAGGAAGUGAAUUUGGAAAGGCCUGCAAGAAUGUCCUGAUGAUGAUGUAUUGAGCACCUACUAUGGGGGAGAUGAGAUGGACUGAGAAGAUAAGGGGCAGGAGGCAGGCCUCAGGCAGGGUUGGUGCCAGAGGGUCAGCUCAGCUGUAAGACUUCCUCUCAUGGACACACAGUGGCCUAAAAUGCAGCCAUGGUUCCUGCCUCCUGGCUGAGGGGCCACAAUGGCACUCAGCUGGUCUUGGGUGUGGCCUGCCCCAGUCUGUUCUAGUACCCAGCUGGCUGCACUGGGCUCCUGAGAGCAGGGUCUCUGUUCUUUUUUCCUGGUUAACCCUGGAGCUGCCAUCAAUUUCUCCACCACCAUGUAGCCUUUUCCCACUCUCGAGCUGAGGGCUGAGGGCCCAAAGGGCCAGGGCCUUGAUGGGAAAGAACAAGAAGGCACAUUUUGGCUACACGCUGCCCAGUGUCCCUCUGGCUGCCAAGUCCUCAUGUACAGGUGCACACGCACCAGGCUUUUCAUGUACAAUUCAGUUGUCAUGUAGGCGAAGGUGUUUUGACAACAGACUUUGAAUUCAGACUCUGGCUAAAUAUUAGCUUUCCCCUUAUUAGCUUUGUGACUCGAGACAAGUUCAUUUCCUUGUCUGAACUGGUCUCACCUAUCAAAUGGACCCCCCACCCCGAUGAAAAAGUGCUGGUGAAGAUCACACAAGAUUCUGCAUGAAAAGAGCCUACAAGGCCUGUCACACAGUAUAUAGGCCUUGGUAACUAUUUCUAAAUUCGGCUAAGCAUCACCUGCAGCUGCAGAAGUGCCUUUUCUGACCCAGAGCUGUUCUUGCUCUGCAGGCUAAGAGGCCCCCUAGUUAGUACUGACUUCCUCGGAGCAUUCCUGAAAAUUCCUGUGGGCUCAGGAAAAGGAGAACAACGGAUUAAUUUAACUCCCAGUGACUGGCAGCAUCGUGUUUUUAUCAGGGCUUCGUCGCCAUGGCAGCCUCAUGGCAGGGUUGUGGAGGGGGUGGGUGGAACUAUUGUUCCUGCCAUUGUCUGUUCUGGAAUGCAGGCCCAGGAUAACGGGACUGGCACAGGCACCAAGCGGCACAUGGCACAGGCAGCUGUUUAGUCUGACAGGAGCCCUCUUGGGGUGGCCUGUGCCCUGGCUUCCCCCCAGCUCACUGCCAGACCAGUCUGAGAUGGCUUGAUGUGGAGCCCUCAGGUUGGGGCUCAGGCCCUCCCUGGCCCCCAAAGCUGAAUGUGUUCAUUGGCCAUGUCGAGGGUAGGAGUGUCCACGGGAAGAGGUCUCACAACGUGGCUCAGGCAGCACUCUUUCACCCAGGCUAGGAUGUUGUAGUCAGGGUUGGAGUUAAAUUACAGCGCGGCCACCUGCUAUCUGCACAGCGAUUUGCUUUCCCCUUCCUUAUCUUUAAAAUAGGAGUAAUUACAGUUACCCCAAAGGGUGGUACUUGAAAGCCCCUGGGUAAAAGGCAUUCAGGAAGGGCUCAUUUCUGUUCUGCGGGGGUGAUGAACAGUCGCCUGCCAUCUGUCACUCCACCGACAGGGUCCCCUCCUACAUACCUCUUAGGAGGCAAGGGUCCCCUCUCCACCCUGGCUGUGGAGAGGAGUUGGGAGGAGAGGGGCCCAUCUGGAGUGAUGCGGGACCUGGUGAUACUAAAGACUUUCCUCCCCUUUGCGGAAAGGGAAAGGAAUUGAGGGGAAGCGAUCCAAUGGCCUGGAGCCAGAAGGACAGGGCCAAGUGGGACUAAGCAGGAGUGGGAGGAGGUGAAGAAACUGGGAUCUGGCGGGUGGAGGCACAUAGAGGGAAGGAAGAGGGAAGAGCUCCCGGUGGGAGGGUAUUUGGCAGGACAAAGGCAGAUGCAGCGGGAACUACCCGCCUCCGAGCUCCCGCUGCAAGAACGGGCGACAACCCGGGAGGUCGCGGUGCGGGCUGGGAUGCAGCCUGGGGUGGGAGCGGGUACAAGACCUAGAGCUCCUGGGGCUGCUAGACACAUGCAUAGGGCUGCAGAUAGGCGCCUGUGGUUGGUUGUGUGGCUCUAGAAGGUGGGCCACCCUUUCCCCGCCGCCAAGCAACCAAGCGGUGCCCAGGGGAUACCAGUGGCGAAUCUCCCUUUGCGCAAAGGUCGAGUCUGGCCUUCGCGCGCCCCCUGCUGGCCUCCCUGGAGUUCCCUCAGCUCAGCCGCAGCGGCCGAGUCCCAGACCCGGGAAAACCCUACCAGGGGAAACCUCGGGGUGUGACGUCACCCUCCUCGGUGACGUCACCUCCCCCGGGGAGUUUGGGGGUUCCGACAAAGGAGGCAUCCCCGGGACUGCACAGGGCACCGGCAGGGAGGUCGUCGGGGGCUGCAGCGCGCCUUCACCGCGCCUUAUGUCUGUCCCAUAGGUCCCGCGCGGCCCCGGGUGAGGCCUGCCCGCUCGCCCGCCGGCACCAUGGGAAGGAGCGGGCACCGAUGCUGCUGCCCCCCGCCGGCGCGCGCAGGACUUGAGCCUCGCCGCGGGCAGCCCCCGGCCGCAGGUCCCCGAGUGACGCUGGCGGCUCCCGGGAGCGUGGCGCGGGCCCGGGGCCACGUAGAGGAGCCCAGUGUCCAGUGAAGCUGCCGAGGACCCGCCGCCCGCGCCGCCGCCGCCGCCAUGGUUAUGUCCCAGGGCACCUACACGUUCCUCACGUGCUUCGCCGGUUUCUGGCUUAUCUGGGGGCUCAUCGUCCUCCUGUGCUGCUUCUGCAGCUUCCUGCGCCGCCGCCUCAAACGGCGCCAGGAGGAGCGACUGCGUGAGCAGAACCUGCGCGUCCUCGAGUUGGAGCCGCUCGAGCUCGAGGGCAGCCUGGCCGGGAGCCCCCCGGGCCUCGCGCCCCCGCCGCCACCGCACCGCGGCCGCCUGGAGGCGCCGGCGCACGCGCACCCGCACGUGCACGUGCACCCGCUGCUGCACCACGGGCCCGCGCCGCCGCACGUGCACCCGCACGCACACCACCACGCACUGCCGCACCCGCCGCCGCCGCACCUCUCCGUGCCGCCCCGGCCCUGGAGCUACCCGCGCCAAGCGGAAUCGGACAUGUCCAAGCCUCCGUGCUACGAAGAGGCGGUGCUGAUGGCCGAGCCGCCGCCGCCCUACAGUGAGGUGCUCACCGACACCCGCGGCCUCUACCGCAAGAUCGUCACGCCCUUUCUGAGCCGCCGCGACAGCGCCGAGAAGCAGGAGCAGCCGCCGCCCAGCUACAAGCCGCUGUUCCUGGACCGAGGCUACACGUCGGCGCUGCACCUGCCCAGCGCCCCGCGGCCCGCCGCGCCCUGCCCCGCGCUCUGCCUGCAGGCGGACCGAGGCCGCCGCGUCUUCCCCAGCUGGACCGACUCGGAGCUCAGCAGCCGCGAGCCGCUGGAGCCCGGAGCUUGGCGCCUGCCGGUCUCCAUCCCCUUGUUCGGGAGGACUACAGCCGUAUAGUGGGGUGCCCGGCGACCCGAGCCCCAAGAGUAGACUCCUGGCCUGACUGCUGCGAGGCUUUUUAAAUACUUCCCUUGGACUGCGGGUGGUGGGAGGGAUUUCUUACCCCAUUUGUUACAUUUUGAGGAUAAUAAAGGUGUGUGAUCUGGUUUGGUACAA